GGCUUGGAAUGCUUUUGCGGGAAACUAGGUAUGGAGUUAAUUUCAGAGAGAAGAAACCCCUAAAACCCCCCUUGUUUGGCAGUUGGACCAUGGAUGCCUUACCUUUGGAAUCUGGAAAGCAUUACCUAUUUGGUCAUUUAUACGAGGAAGCUAUUUAUUGUUCUUUAGGAAGCAGAAUGAUGCUACUUUUUGCUACAAUCAUCUCAUACACUUAUAUCAUCCCCAUCCCUCAUCCACAAAAACCAACCUUUUUGGUUUCUCCCCAUAAACAGAACAUUAUUCCCUUUGCAAAAUUAGACACAUCAUUUCCCCCAAAUUUGAAUUUUGAUUACUAGGAAAGCUCAGUCCAGACAGAGGUGGUCAUUCAGCAAGAAAUCCUGUGUUAGCUUAGAUUAAACUACACGAUCUACGGGUGUUUAUUUCAUUGAAUCACAUACAACGCGGUGAAGUAUUCAUCAAUGGAUUUGAAAGCUAAAUCUUGGGCUGGAAAUAUGUACAACAAAUUUGAAGAUCUGUGUUCAGAGGUAGAGCAAGUUAUGUCUCAGGACGCUGUUAAAUAUGUUGAGAAUCAAGUCCAGACAGUUGGGGUUCGUGUUAAGAAGUUCUGUUCAGAGGUAAUGCAAGAUAUACGACCUGAAUCUUCUAUACACUCUGUGAAAGAUGCUGCUGCUGAUUUUUCUCUGGAAACUUACGCUCACGAGGUGAUGGAGAAGAAGCCAAAAUCGAGCCUCAAAGAGCAUGCUCGAGGCAUUUAUGAGAAACUUAUGGAGGAUGCUCAAGUCAUCAAGAGUGGUGGGAAAAGCAAACAUGGAGGUGUCUAUAAACGUCGUAAUGUUGGGGUAACAUCCAACUCCCUAGGCAUUGAUCCUCCGGUGAAGAUGGCUAGGACCUCGUCCCCUCCAUCGGGGAUGAGGAAUAGGACGCCCUUAAGAUUUUCUGAACAGAAGCCUGAAGAUUCUGGAUUUACUUCUAUAAAUAAAGAUCAAAACUUGGAGUCAGAUAAACUAAAGAAGGCUGAUGGGAUUCAACAAGAAGUGGAAACAGUUGAGCAGAUUAAAGGGUCACAUUUGAUGGAAACUUGUGUCAUGGUUGGAGAGGACAAGGUUCAUGUUCCCCAGGAACCAGUCAAACAAAACUCAUACAAGAUCAAGAUUUGGAGUGCAUUUUCUUCAUCAAGAAGGAGAGAAUAUCAACAUCUUGCAGCACUAUCUGCAGAUCAGCCUUUAAACGCGGAGGCUGAAGAGAAGGCAAUGUCUGAUUCCGAGUGGGAGCUUCUCUAGAUUGGAUACUUAAUAUUGUAUCGCUUGUCAUACCUAAACUAGAGCUCUAUUAUCGAAGAUUAAUACAGUUGCAUAGUACUUUAAAAAACUCAAUUUUCAUCUUCA